UCCAUUAUUGCUUCCUCCCCGUUCCGUCCUCCCGGCUAGUCUCCGCUCCGCCUCCAGAAAGAUGUCGGCGGCGACGGAGGUGGCGCCGGUUCAGCAGCGGGGCCAUGCGACGGCGGCGGUUUGGCGGGCGGUGUCGGGGUGGCUCGGUCUGCUCUUCCAGAUCCUGCUCCGGAUCGUCCGCGGCACGCCCUCCUCCUGGGCGCAGCUGCUCUCCUUCGUCGGCCUCCGCCACCCGCUCCUCCCAGUCGCCGCCCAGGCGCAACCUGAGGUGGCCUUCGUGCAGCUCCCCUCCGAGGCCCCCGCUGACACCUCGCCUCCGCCGCUCAGGCGGCUCACGGUGGUGCUUGACUUGGAUGAAACUCUAGUUUGUGCUUAUGAAUCAUCUAGCCUUCCUGCGACUCUGCGCACCCAGGCUGUUGAAGCAAGAUUGCAUUGCUUUGACAUGGAAUGCGCGUCGCCUGAAAAGGCAAGUAUAAUGCAGUGUCAUUUGUGCCUUCAAGCCUUCUGCUUAUCUAUUGGUGUUUUCAGUAUAAUUCUUAGAAGGGACUUACAUGAAGUUAUGCUUCAUGGUUUGCAGGAUGCUGAAGGAAGGCAGAGGGUAAAUCGUGUAACUGUCUUCGAACGUCCUGGUUUGCAUGAGUUUUUGCAGCGAACUAGCGAAUUUGCUGACCUUGUUCUCUUUACAGCUGGUUUGGAAGGCUAUGCAAAGCCUCUAGUUGACAGGAUAGAUGCUCACAACAGAUUCAUUCGCCGUCUGUAUCGUCCAUCUACUGUUACUACGGAAUACAGAGAGCAUGUUAAAGAUCUUUCUUGUUUAUCCAAAGAUUUCCGGAGAAUUGUCCUUGUUGAUAACAAUCCAUACAGUUUCUUAUUGCAGCCAUUGAAUGGAAUACCUUGUAUUACAUUUUCAGCUGGACAACCUGUUGAUGAUCAGCUUAUGGGAACAAUAUUCCCGCUUCUCAAGCACCUUUCUCUGCAAAAAGAUGUUAGGCCUGCAUUAUAUGAAACGUUUCACAUGCCAGAGUGGUUCCAAGGACAAGGAAUCCCACAAAUUGAACAGGCAGUUUAGGAAUUCUGAGUGACACAAAUUGGAUUAUUGGAAGGCUCAAGACAGCCGAGCAACUUAUGAGAAUGCUUGGACAAUCUGUAUAGAUGCAUGAAGAAUCUGUUCAAUGAGACCUAGGAAAGAGAUAAAAUUGAAUUGUAAUUUAGCACAAUUAUAGACCUUUAUUGGUGAUGUGAUUAAUUUAUCCUUGCAUAGCACUUCUUUCUGUUUUUGUCAGUGACAAUUCGAUGAUCUAACAAACAGUCCACGGACCUGAGGCAGAUGGUCUUGUAAGGUCGUAACACAAGGAAUACACCAAUGUUGUACAAGCAUAUAGAUAUGUGGAGGGGAGAAUGUCUGUUUUUGAACGGUUUGUCA